AUGGUCUACUCGACGCCGGCCACCGACGCCGCCCCCGUCUUCCGCCCGCAGCACCGCCGCACCCGCUCCUCCACCGCCACCUUCUCCAGCGAGCGCGGCGACGGCGCCUUUGCCUCGCUCGGCGCCCUCCCCCGCCGCAAGGCCGCCCCCGCCAAAAAGUUCCACUUUCGCUCGUCCGAGGAGGACGAAGACGACGACGACGACGACGCGAUUCCCCCGCCGCUCGACGCCGUCACGCGCAAGGGCGGGCCCGCUCUCAACUCGCUUGGCCUCUCGGUCGACACCGCGAACCUCGCCCCGCGCAGACCCUCCCCGCAACCCCAGCCGCUCCUCGUCCCCUUCCCACGCUCCUCCCCCCGCAACUCUCCGUAUGGCCCGCCGUCUCCGCGCCCAUUCUCCCCGCGGCCCUCGCUAAUGCACCGCACGCCCUCCUCCCCCGUCAUCCUCCUAUCCAACGGCAAGCCCCUGAAAUCGUCGCUCAAGUCGUCCACCUCCUCCCCCAACAUCCCCGCCCUCCACAUACGCACCCAGUCCGCGCCCUCCACGCCGUCAGUCAAGUCCGUGCACUUUGGCGACGAGGACGACGACGAGGAGAACGCCGACGCCAAGCGCCCCAUCGAGCACGUCCGCGUCUUCAAGUCCUCCGGCAAGCCCGCAAGUCUCCUCUCUUUCAAGCCAGGCGAGGACACCGAGACCGAGACCGAAGCCGAGUCCUCCGGAUACCCCUUCCCCACCAUGCCCCCGCUCUCGCCCGCAUCACCGUCCACGUCUCAACCCCACUCGCACUGGGAAAUCGACGCCAGCCCCGCCGUCACAUCACCCAUCCCGCGGCCCAGCCCCUCGCCCUACGCCAACAUCCACCUCGAGACCGUCACGCUCCCGCGCACGCGGCCCUACACGCUGCGCGGCUCCGUCCUCGUGCGCAACCUCUCCUUCGAGAAGGCCGUCGCCGUGCGCUUCACGCUCGACGACUGGCAGACCACGUCCGAGGUCACCUGCAAGCACGUCGUCUCGCUCCCGAGCAUCCCGCCGCCCUUCCCGCGCACGCGCACCGUCGGCGACGCGGUCGGCAUCAUCGCGCACGCGUCCUCGCAGGCGGGCGACGACAUGCCGCCCCCGGACGGCCGCCCGCAGUGGGACCGCUUCAGUUUUGUGAUCCGCCUCGAGGACUACGAGCACCGCCUGAACGAGCGCACGCUCUACAUGGUCGGGCGCUACACCGCGCCGGGCGUCGGCGAGUGGUGGGACAACAACGACGGGAAGAACUACCGCGUCGGCUUCAGGAAGGUCGUGGACGCGCCCGCCGUGAAGACGCCCGAGAGCCCCGUGCUCAGCUCGAGCCAGCAGGGCAGCUUCCGCGCGCCGAGCACGCUCAGGACCACCCCGGUCACGGGCCAGGUCCGCACCGACGAGAAGCCGAGCCCGCCCGCGUCCAGGGGGGUGUCCGUGUCGCUGGACAGCGUCCCGGCGGUGAAGCCCGCCGCGCUCGUGCGCACGAACUCGGGCCCGCCGUCGGUGCUGCCGGGGAUGCUGCCGUACACGCCGCCGCCGCCGCCGCCGCCCCAGCGCCGCGGGGGCGGUUCGAUGAAGCUCAAGCUGACGAAUUACGCCGCGCCGAGCGUGCCCAGUGUGGGCAUGCAGCCCGCGGGCCCGCUCAGUCCAAUUGGGGGGAACGGAAGUGGGAUCUUCAGCCCGGUUGGGUUUGGGAGCCCGCCGAAGGUGGCCAGUCCGAAGGAGCAGGAGCAGGAGUGCGAGCAGCGGAUUGAGGAUGUCGAGCGGGAGUGGAAGGAGGCGUUUUAUUGGGACGGGCGGUAUAUGCGCGAGGACGAGGAUGAGAAGAAGGAAGCCGCGGAGGAGCCGGAGCACCACGAGAAGGUGGAGGUGAAGAUGGUGGGCGAGAUCGUGGGCGGGCAGUUCGUGACGACGGUCGUGCCGGUGCAGAAGGAGAAGGACGAGGCGCCGACGCCGAGCAUGAGCUCCGCGGAGAGCUCGCCGCCGGACUCGGGCGUCGUGACGCCCGUGCACGGCGAGGACGCCGCCGAGUCGGCGGGGUCGGGCGCGACGACGCCGCGGGGCGCGAGCACGAAGGACAGCUCGUACGCGGCGUUUGUGCGCCAGUUUUGCUUUGCGCAGAGCCCGCUGGGUGGGCCCGCGAGCGCGGCGAGCACGCCGACGCCGACCAAUGUGAACAACAGCGGCUGGCUCGGGCUGGAGGGGUAUGGGUUUGGGUUUGGCGGGACGGACGUGGGGUUUGGGUUUGGGAUGGGGAGGAGGCUGGGCGAGGGGGGGAUGGGUGUCGGGAGUGCAUGAGUGUGAAUCGCGGCGGCGGGG